AGGGUCUUUACACUGGUUUACACGAGCACAAAUCUCUUCAGCGGCGGGCGAGCAGGGACAACAGCACCCUUUUCUCGACGCACGGACGCAAGCAGGGUGACAAUGGAGUUUAUAAAUAUGACGUGUGGAAAAAGGCGUUUAGUUCAUACGUGGCUGCAUGAUGUUAAUAAUAUGGACGGUGCUGCUCUCUAGUAUAUCAUGCUACGGCGUCACAGAAACUCAGGAGGAACCCGACAACGUCACCACUCUCUACCCCGUCUCCAGAAACACCAGCGACCAUGCCAACCAAACCGACUCUGUCAAGACAGCCACUUCUCUAGCUGAAACACUAAACAAUGACAGCAACAAGACAGAGUCGAAGGAAGAACCAGUAAUAGAAAAGCCAGCGAAUGACAGUAAGGAAUUCAAACCAAGUGUCCACUUCCAGGACUUCUUUGAUGAAGAUGAUUUUGGAAUUGUUCCGCUGCCGACGAAGCCGACGGUUGACGGGUUUUCGCCGCUGAAGAAGCCGCCUUCUGCUUUUAUCGGCUCACAUAAAGACGCCUUCAAAUCCAUCAAAGCCAAGCCGCCGCUGGAGAGGUUCCCCUACAAGUUCGAGGACGCUAUCUUGACGAGGGCUAAGCCAAGAUGGCGGCCGAAAGAACUGGAGUCGAGGCCUACAGUUCCCAUACCCGCGCAGGUUCCAGCAGGCGGCCUGUACAAGAAACCGGACGCAUUUAAGGACAAGCCAAGCAUUGAUGAUGAUGAAGACUUCGGGCUGACGUUUCACGAUGAGAAGGAGAAUUUAGUUAAAAAACGUGCAAAUCCGUGGAAGAGUCUCCUGCAUCUCCUGACGGCAUUCAUCCCCGUGGGGCUCAUCAUCUCCGCCCUCACUCCUAACGUCGUCACCAUACACAGCACCGGCCCCGGCGGGCCGGGACUCGGACCGGGACUCGGACCGGGUCACGGGCCGGGAAUGGGGCCAGGAAUUAGGCCAAUGGGUCCGGGAGUUUCUGGCAUUGAACCCCUGCCUCCACGACUGUUCCGCCGCUCGGACGAGGUGCUGGACCCCCUCCACCCACCAGCAACCACCCCCCUACCAGCAAUCAGCGAGCCGUGUCGAAGACGGCUGCUUUGUGAGCUGCAUUCGGAAAAGAACUACCACAGCCAACCGAGUGGUCCUCGGCGCGGGCGCGCGUGCCACAAGCUGCCCUGCAACGACACGGAUGCGCUUGCGCAGACUCUGCACUGGCUGCUACACAGACCCCCAGACCGACCGGACCCCAACAGAUUCAAUUGACCGCCGUUUUUCUGAUGUCCGUCAAAGCUAAUACUGAUGUGUGGUUUGAAUUGCAAAAUUUCUGAAACUUGUCAUAUUUUUGUAUAGCAAUGGAAAUUUUCCGUUUCCAAAAAGAAAGUCUCCUUUGUUUUCUGUAAUAACCCGUGAAGUUUUCCGAUUUUUUGGAACCGCGAAUUUGCACCGGAAUUAACGUAACAAAGUGUACGAACGCCACUAUCUUAAACGUCAUGUUUUCAUAGUAGCUAAUUUGACGUCUAUAGUCCGAGUGACAUGACAUAGUGUGGCGAUACCAUUAUAAACGUUAUGUUUUCAUUUUAUAGCCACAGUGACAUAACAAAGUGUGGCAAUGCUAUUGUACAUGUGUAAAUGUUUUCAUAGUAAUUUGACGUUUAUAGUAAAAGUAAUAUAAUAUAUUUAUGGUGGCACUGCGACACUCUGCGACUGCAAAGUCUGUGUGGAAUUAGAUUGGCUGAACUCUCUCUGUUUUGCUUGGCUUUGCGAUAACGAUAACAUUUUAUUUCGAUCAGUGUAAGCUAAAGGAAAUAAAUAUUUUUGUUUUUGUUAUUA